UCAAGCAUUAGCGCCGAAACUAAUAACAAAGAGUGUGCUCUCUGUGGUUUCGUUAUCGACUAUGUUAAAGGUCAACUCUUAAAAAACAAAACCGAAACUUACAUUCUUGAUAAAUUAGAAAAAGUCUGUCUUCUUGUUCCAGCCCCAUUACAACCAACCUGCAGAUUACUUGUCACUCUCUAUGGUGUACCAGCCAUCAAAAUGGCCUCUUCUAAAGUAAACACAACUGUUCUUUGUGAACUAGUUGAUUUAUGCCCAACCCCAACCCCAACCCCAACUAAAACAGUCCAAAAUGUCCAAGUUGGUGAUACUAAAUGCACCAUCUGUGAUUUCGUUGUUGGUGAAGUCGAAAAAUACCUCAGUGGUAAUGCCACUGAAGCUCAAAUCAUUACUUUCUUAAACAAAGACUGUAAAAUUUUCGGUGCUUUCGGAACCACUUGCCAAUCAUUAGUUCAAGCUUACGUCCCAACCAUCAUUAACUUACUCGAAAACAAUCAAUCACCAGACACUGUUUGUGCUGAAAUUAAAUUAUGCACUUCAAGACUCUCAAAAAAAGUU